AUGGCUCUUGAAGACGAACUCAAAGAGUUACUGGACUUAUUCGACGAAAAAGACAGCCAGAUCGCCGAAAAACGGCGUGAUGUGCGUCGAACUGCCAGAGAAAAUGACAUCUCUUCUUUCCCUUCCGACAUGUCUGUUCUUUCAGCCUUUGAUGACGUUUUGCUGUGCUUCGCUUUGGGCGGUCAGGUUCGGAACUAUUACAGGUACGGAACAUAUACGACGUGUCAGGAGCAACGAGAGAAGUUAUGGUUUGCCAUGUGGCACGGAUCUGUCUCAGAAAAAGAAAUGGACGUCGACCAAGUGGCCCAAGAUCCUCGCGAGUUAGAAAGAAGAAAGAAAGUGCAAGAGUUUUACAAGCAAAAGCUCUUGGAAAAGAAGCUGCAUGGAAGCUCCGAGGACAUUUGGGAUGAGCGUUCGACUCUUCUUAAUAGACCCUUCAAGGAAUGA